AUGGCUUCACUUACAACGAAACCCAAGUUGGCUGUCAUCCUCGGUACAAUGACCUUUGGCUACCGAGGAAUGACAAUGCGUAUUAACAACUUGAAUACUGUCCAGAGUAUCUUGGAAGCAUUUAAAGCUCAGGGAUGGAAUGAACUUGACACCGCAAGAAUGUACUGUGAUGGUACAACUGAAGAGAUGUUAGGACAACUUGAAGCCCAAAACAAAGGAGGAUUCAAGCUAGCGACCAAAGGCAAGCCUAUCUUGCAGACUUACGAUCUUGUGUAUCCUAUGCAAGGAGGAGAGCAUCAGCCAGAAAAACUAAAAGAAUUAUUCAAAGAAUCGUUGACAGCUCUCAAAGUAAACAAAGUGGAUAUAUUUUACUUACAUGCACCGGAUCAUACUACUCCUAUUGAGUUAACGCUCGGAGCAGUGCAAGAGUUAUACCAAGCCGGGCAUUUCACUGAGUUCGGCUUAUCAAAUUAUAGUUCAUGGCAAGUAGCAGAUAUAUACCACAUAUGCAAGAGUAAGGGUUACGUGUUACCCACUGUCUACCAAGGAAUGUACAAUGCAAUAACUCGAGGAGUGGAAGCCGAACUUCUCCCGUGUCUACGAAAAUUCAACAUUCGCUUUUACGCAUACAAUCCCAUUGCAGGCGGACUUUUCAAAGAACAUUUCUCCUUUGAUGGUGAUGUUCCAAAAGGAAGUCGCUUUGAUCCCAACACUGUAGUAGGGAAAAUGUAUCGCUCAAGAUAUGUAACUCCAGCUCAUGCGAAAGCCGUUGCCAAUAUCCAACAAGCUACAGCUUCCCAUGGUUAUUCUGCCAUAGAAGCCGCGUUCAGGUGGAUUAGACAUCAUAGUAAAUUGGAUGCUGCUUUCGGAGAUGGGGUUAUAAUUGGAGGUUCGUCCUUGGAGCAUAUUGUCUCUGCCUGCCAGUUGCUUGAUAAAGAAGAACCUUUGGAAGAAGACGUUGUCGAAGCUUUGGAUGCUGGGUGGAAGACGGUUAUGGCUUCCUCCGUGCCCUAUUUCAGGUGA